GGAGAAAAAAAAAGACAGGGAAGGAGAGAGAGAGAGAUUGAGAGAGAGCGAGAGACUUGGCAAAGGAAAUCUUAUGGGUAUACUGAAACAGCAGAUCAGAAUUGUGAAACCAGAGCCAGGGCUGAAAUGUGAUGCUUUUGCUCUUUUGUGCUUGUUGUGGUUCUCAUCUUCCCAUGUAGAAGGCUGCAUACCAUUCAACAGAAUAUUUUGAUCGCAGAUUGAACAAUGCAGCAAUCAAGCCUGAUAAGCCACCUGGAAGUUUUGCUUGAGACGAUUUCUAAUGGGUUUUCUGAUCCCUCUGAGCAUCAUGACUGCCUUUAGCAUUGUGGAGGAGGACUCGAGUUUCUUAUGAGGGCCCCACUUGGAAAAGCAGGCUGUGCAGAUUCAAGCCUCCGGUUCUGUUCAUGCUGUUCAAAAGCCUUUCCUCACCCUUGCUGAUUUGUUUUUAUGAUUUACAUACACUCCUGUGGAGAUUUACAGAAUGGAUUGUCUGUGCAUUGUCACGACCAAGAAAUACCGCUAUCAAGAUGAGGAUGUUCCACAUGAUCAUACCUUGCCUCGAUUAACCCAUGAAGUGAGAGGCCCAGAGCUUGUUCACGUGUCAGAGAAGAACUUGUCUCAAAUAGAGAACGUCCACGGAUAUGUCUUACAGUCGCACAUUUCUCCUUUGAAGGCAAGCCCUGCCCCUAUAAUUGUCAACACAGACACCUUGGACACAAUCCCCUAUGUCAAUGGAACGGAAAUUGAAUAUGAAUUUGAAGAAAUUACAUUGGAAAGGGGGAAUUCUGGCCUGGGGUUCAGUAUUGCUGGAGGAACAGAUAACCCACACAUUGGGGAUGAUCCUGGGAUAUUCAUAACUAAGAUUAUACCAGGAGGAGCUGCAGCAGAGGAUGGAAGACUCAGGGUCAAUGACUGCAUCUUGCGAGUGAAUGAGGUGGAUGUGUCAGAAGUCUCACACAGCAAAGCUGUGGAGGCCCUAAAAGAGGCUGGCUCCAUAGUCCGAUUGUAUGUUCGUCGAAGAAGACCUAUUCUGGAGACCGUGGUAGAGAUCAAGUUGUUCAAAGGACCUAAAGGUCUGGGUUUCAGUAUCGCAGGAGGGGUGGGAAACCAACACAUCCCUGGGGACAACAGCAUUUAUGUCACCAAGAUUAUCGAUGGAGGAGCUGCACAAAAAGAUGGGAGGUUGCAGGUUGGAGAUAGACUUCUUAUGGUAAAUAAUUACAGUUUAGAAGAAGUUACCCAUGAAGAGGCAGUAGCGAUACUGAAGAACACAUCAGAUGUAGUGUAUCUGAAAGUUGGAAAGCCCACCACCAUUUACAUGACUGAUCCUUAUGGCCCACCAGAUAUUACUCACUCUUAUUCUCCACCGAUGGAAAAUCAUAUACUCUCUUCUGGAAACAACGGCACUUUAGAGUACAAGGCAUCUCUGGCCCCUAUCUCACCGGGAAGAUAUUCACCCAUUCCAAAGCACAUGCUGGUGGAGGAUGACUACACCAGUCAUUCCCAGCACAGCACUGCAACGCGGCCACCCACAGUGAGCUUGCAGCGGACCAUUUCUGUGGAAGGAGAGCCUCGAAAAAUCAUCCUGCACAAGGGCUCCACAGGACUUGGUUUUAACAUUGUGGGAGGAGAAGAUGGGGAAGGCAUUUUCGUGUCUUUCAUCCUAGCAGGCGGGCCUGCUGAUCUCAGUGGAGAACUGCAGAGAGGAGAUCAAAUUUUGUCUGUGAAUGGUAUUGAUCUUCGAGGUGCUACCCACGAGCAGGCUGCAGCGGCGCUAAAAGGAGCAGGGCAGACGGUAACAAUCAUAGCACAAUACCAGCCAGAGGAGUACGCUCGGUUUGAGGCAAAAAUCCAUGACCUGCGUGAGCAGAUGAUGAAUCACAGCAUGAGUUCUGGGUCUGGCUCCCUGAGGACUAAUCAGAAGAGGUCACUGUAUGUCAGAGCUAUGUUUGACUAUGAUAAGAGCAAAGACAGUGGCCUCCCAAGCCAAGGACUCAGUUUUAAGUACGGAGACAUCCUUCAUGUCAUCAACGCCUCAGAUGACGAAUGGUGGCAGGCGAGAAGGGUCACUCUGGAGGGAGACAGUGAGGAGAUGGGAGUUAUACCCAGCAAGAGGAGAGUUGAAAGAAAGGAGCGUGCCCGUUUGAAGACGGUGAAAUUCAAUGCGAAGCCUGGUGUAAUUGAUGCAAAAGGGUCAUUCAAUGACAAGCGUAAAAAGAACUUCAUCUUUUCACGAAAAUUCCCAUUCUACAAGAGCAAGGAGCAGAGUGAGCAGGAAACAAGUGAUCCAGAACGAGGCCAAGAAGACUGCAUCCUUUCUUAUGAACCUGUCACAAGACAGGAAAUUAAUUACACCAGGCCAGUUAUUAUUCUGGGCCCUAUGAAAGAUCGGAUCAACGAUGAUUUGAUAUCUGAAUUCCCUGAUAAGUUUGGGUCAUGCGUACCACAUACCACACGGCCAAAGCGUGACUAUGAAGUGGAUGGGAGAGAUUAUCAUUUUGUCAUUUCAAGAGAACAAAUGGAAAAGGAUAUCCAAGAGCACAAAUUUAUAGAAGCCGGGCAGUACAAUGAUAAUUUAUAUGGGACUAGUGUCCAGUCUGUGAGAUUUGUGGCAGAAAGGGGCAAGCACUGUAUACUCGAUGUGUCAGGAAAUGCUAUCAAACGACUACAAGUUGCACAACUCUAUCCCAUCGCUAUCUUCAUUAAGCCUAAAUCAUGGGAGCCUCUGAUGGAAAUGAAUAAACGUCUUACAGAGGAGCAAGCCAAGAAAACCUAUGAUCGAGCAAUUAAAUUAGAACAAGAAUUUGGAGAAUAUUUUACAGCUAUUGUCCAAGGAGAUAGCUUAGAAGAUAUAUAUAAUCAAUGCAAACUUGUAAUUGAAGAACAAUCUGGGCCUUUCAUCUGGAUUCCUUCAAAGGAAAAAUUAUAAAUUAGCCACUGCACCUCUGAUUACGACUGGAGAAUAUUUAGAAGAAAACCAUAAUAUACUAUUUGGAGGCUUUCCUGUUUUUGUUGCAUUUAUGUUCUUUGCAGUCAAUGUGAAUUUUGAUGAAUGUACAACACAAAGUGUUUGAAGCCAUGAAGGACACUGAUGGGUCAAAGGGUAGGAACAAAAAGACUUCUACCAUAUAAAGCAAAUCUGUUGUGUGCUGAAAGCACCAGUUGUAGGUACAAACUUUUGACAUGGAGACCCUCUGUCAAGGGGAGCUAGCCACCUCCUGUGCCCGUGCGGACAUUUUGAUCAAUUUCAAUGGCUGAGCUCAGUGUGUUGAUUGCUUUAAAGAGAAGUUCCCAGCUCUUGAACCUCAUAUAGGGCUUGAUCCUGCAAGGCGCUCAGCACUUGACCCCAAUUCCUACACAUGAGUAGCCCAUUGACUUGGAGUUACUUGUGAUCCUUCCCUAUGCCGUUCAGUCCCAUCAGUUCCAGUAGGACUGUUCAUGUGCUCAAAGCUAAGCACGGGCUUAAGUGUUUUGCUAGAUCAGGGCCACACGCACCUUGCAAAAUCAAUCUCAGAGUACUUGGUCCACUUCCUACUGAAGUCAUUGGUAGGUCUGUCUUUGACUUGACUGGGAGGUCGAUCCUAUUCUAAGCUUGUCAUUGCACAUUUGUAGUUGGUACACCUCUACUUUGGUAACUAUGCACAUCUUUUGAUUUCUGAAACCAAGUCAAGCAUUUCUUUUCUCCCCUUUGGAAACACUAUUGCAUCAGGAACUAAUAACAAUAUAGUUUAUUUUAACGGAGUUUGGGGGUGAGAGAGGAUGGAAGCAUUUCACAUCACACGUACGUGCACACAAACCCAUUCCCAUGCAGACACACACAAGUAUGAGGAUUCACAGCACCUACGUUGACAAGGAGGGAUACAACUGGGAAAAGCUUUAAAAUUUUUGAUUGUCUAUUUUAUCAUUUAUAUUGAUAGAAGGCACUUAAAGAUGGAAUAAUUUAUAAAAAUAAAAAUAUAUUGAUGUAUAGAAACUAAUUUCUAUAGGUAAAAAUGUUUUUGUGAGAUAUUUUGUAAAGAUUAAUUAAUUGAAAGAUUAAAUAUUUACACCCUUGUGAGACUGUAAAAUGUAAAGAGGACCAUCAAGUUGCAUUAUCCCUUUUCUGUAACAGAUUCUCUAUUACUAAUGACAAGCAAGAUAAUUCCUUAAAUUGUAGUUAUCAGAUUGUUUUUCUCUCAAUCUAAUCCUCUCCCUUGCUUCUAUUUAAUCAUGAUGAGCUCCUGUGGGAAGAUCUCUUGAACUGACUGCCCUGCAGGACCUUUUCUGAACACGAAAGGAUAAUGCAUCUUUAAAUUGAAAUGGAUGAUUUUUCAGAAGCAAGAUGUCAGUGCUUGAGUGCAGUUAUUACACUUCACCCGAAAAUGUUUUAUGAUUGUUCCUGUUUCUUUAAAUGAAAUACCAAAAGUAUUUGAUCUUUCCUCUCUUUGUAGGCAGACAGGUCACCAACUAACUUGUAUCUUCAUUCAUUUCACAGUCAACAAGGGUCUUAAAAGCAAAAACUGAGGCAAUGGUCAUUUGCGAGGGAUUUGGGGAAAGUCUGUGGAAUUGCAGUUUGGGGUGCAGGGAAAGGGGAGAGGGAGGUAUUUUUUUCUCAUUUCACAUUGCCCUUCUUUUGUAUACUGAUGCUGUUCUUCACUCUGACACACAAGGGGACAACUGCAAGAGUUACAAUGACAGUAAGCUGAAUUGCCUUUGCUGCUGCUGGACCAAGUUUUAUAGAAAACCCACAAUCUCCUGCCUGCUGUGCUGCAGGAUUCCAAUACUUAUUAGCUGGUGGCUACAGCAACCGUAAUGUUUAAGGACGUUUUAAGGGCAAAUGCUAAAUAGACUCCUCAGUCACUCGUCCAUUUGAAGCUUACAUUUCUGCACCCUGUCAAGCUGACAGGUAUAUCCAGCCAACCUCCACGGAGAGUGCAACGAGCUGGAUGUUUGAAAUAUAGCCACCAGUGGCGACAGGGUUAAAAAUAUGGGCAUUUCGGUGGCCCUGAGCUGGCCCCUCGCGUACUGCCCUGCUAUGGUAACUUUGAGAAGUUCACACUUCUUUUAUGACUAUUUUUCUUGCCUGGCCAGCGCAGAUUUAUAUACAAGGGAUUCAGUUAAGUCUCCAAAAGAGCUUUGUAACCAGAAGGGCUAGAAACCUUUUUUUUUUUACAUGAAAAUGAAUGAAAGCUUAGAUUUGGGGUAAUUCUGCAGAAAUCCACAGUGUCCCCAGAUCUUUGGAAGCCAUGGAUUAUUCCAUGCUGGCAAAGUACUAUUGCCCCAGGUUGGGAAAUAGCCCACCAGACCUGAAAAAAUAAGUAUCCUAAAGCAGGAACUUCAUUCUAAUUUUCAGCUCUGUUUUUAAGCAAUCAAUCACACCUGCUUCUUUGUUUCUUAGUUCAGCAUGCAACCUUUUAACGGCACUAUCCUUCUAGUAACUGUUUUGCUUUGUCAUGUGCUGUGCUUUACAGUGAACAGUAACACUAUGGCUGAGUACAAUCAAUUUUUCCAUCAGUCCUUGGUUACUGUAGUAACAUUAUUUAUUUUUCCCUGUCUGUUGUUUGUGCUUCCAGUUUAGAGUUGCCAUUGCACAUCUUCUUCUUCUUCCUUUUUUUUUUUUUAAUAAAAUAUAUAUUUAAAAACAAUUCACCAAGAGAAGCAGUAAGAAGUCUUAUUUCCCUUAGGACUUGUACUCCCAUUUGUUUUGUGUGUUGAUGUUUGUGUUUCACGUUUCAGCACCCUCAGAGCUGCAGUUCAUUUUUGCAUUGCAGCUGUUCAGAUCAUACUGGGUGGUAGUGGGAGGAGAAAGAGAAACACAAGAUUCAUGCAAAAUUACAUCUGGUGCAAAAAAAAAAAAUAAAGUCCAAAAUCACAACCCACAGCAAUUGGCACCUGAGACCAUAUUGGUGCUAACACAACUUAGAGUAAUCAGUUUCCUUUUCUGUCCAUGUAAAAGACUAGCAAGUGUCUAAACAUGAGACAAAUGCAAAUGCUAGACCCUUUAGGAAAAGUGCCAGAUCACACCCCUGGUGCUAUUUCUCAUGUUCUGGCACAGUGUGUAGCACCACAGGGUCUAAGCAGAACCAAAAUUAUCACAGCUUUUUGUCCACCCAUGAAUGAUCACAAUGGCAUCUUGCUAGCUUUGUGCAGAUGUGCAAUAUUACAACCAAUUUAUUUCUCCUUGCCACAGAGCAUCUUCCAUGCACUGACUCAUUGAGAGCUUGCUAACAGGGCUCAGUGAAAAGGCUCUCUUUGUUGGCCUAAUGGUCUGACCAUGAACCAGUGAAAGAGCCUCUUUCUUGCUUAAUUUCCCUUCCUACAGAGGUACCCUGUCCAUGCUAGCGCUUUGUAAUUUCUUUGGUAGUAAAGGCUGUUUCUAGAUUAAUAUUCUGUGAUGUAAUUGUGUUUGUAGCUAGCAUGGUUUGAUGCUCCGGUGUGGAUAGGGUCCUAGGAACCACCCUGUGAAAGUCAAGGAUAAGAAAUCUCUCCGUUGCACUGAAAUUUCAAAUCCUCAUCCUGGAGAGUGGCAUUGAACCUGAGCUAAUAACCACUAUGAGCCAGCGACAGUGUCCUAGCUAUACAACAUCCACCUACCUAUUUACAUUUGUUUUCUAUGAAGAAAUUGUUGGUGUUAUACCGUCACUGUUACUAGCUCAUCAGCAGUCAGUCAAAUUGUAUUUUUGCUUUGGUUUUCUCCCUAUUUUCUUUUUCUUUUUUUCAAAUUAUAUCCCUGACCAGAGGAUUCAGUGAGUGACAACAUAUGAGGAUAUUUGUAGGGAAAACAGUGUUAAUGCACAAAAGUUUCAGUUUUCUUUUCAAGCUGCAGAUUUAAAGCCAUAAUAUCUGCCAUGUUCACAGAAAAGUGGUCUUUUAUGUUCAUAGCUUUUAAUCUCAGCAUUUCUUCUCUUGAACAUUUUCUCUGCCAUGUUAUGCAUGCAGUUCGCUGUGCAACUGCAUUCAUGUGCUCAGGCCCAUGCCUUGGUGAAAUAAAUGUAUUUUCCUGUUCCAUUAAAAAUAAGACAUCUUGUCAAUUAGCUCAGAGGUAAGAAUGAGGUUGUCAUUAUGUAAAAACAAAUUGACUGUUCCCUUGCAGGAUAUUUUAGGGCACAAAUCAGCAUCAAAGCUGACAGCAAGUAACAGCUAAAACCUAUUCAACACAUAGCUAACCUAGAUCCUCAGCUGGUGGAAAUCACGGUCACUCCAUCAUUUUCAGUGGAGUCCGUCCCAUUUACACUACCUGAAUUUACACAUCCAUCCUCUUCAUUAUGUCAACUUUUUAGCACUACUGUAAAGCACCAAGGCCACAUUAUUAACAGCAGCUCAGCACUUUCCACCAUUAUUAAUGUCUAUAUUACGGUAGCACCUAGAGGGCUAAGUCCUGGACCAAGAUCCCUUGGAGGUAGGUGCAGUGAAAUUACUGAACGCAAAGACACCCCAUGGGCCAAACGCUAUGGCCAGAUUUUCAGAAGGCUUCAGCCCCACUGACAUCUCACCAAGAGCAAUAGGAACUGCUGCCCUUCUGGCCCUUUUGAGAAUCUGUAGGGUGAGGAGUCUGAGAUGUGAGCCAUCGUCCCUCACCCCGCGUUACCAGCUUACACUUCUGGCCCUGACCUACAGCCCAGGUACCUUGUUCUGGAAGAGCAUUCCUGAGGAUGGGCAGUAGCCAGCAUCCUAGGCAAGAUCUUUGGAAAAAAUAUAAAAUAAUAAUAAUAUUAAUAAAAAGACAACACUGUUGGCUCUUAGUGGGAUAGCAACCUUUCCAUUUCUGGAUUUGUGUUCCUAAAUUUGAAUCGGUCAGCCCGAAUUUCUGAGUGCAACAGCCUGCACGCGGCAGGCCACUCCAUCCAGCAUGCUGGCCGACGUGCGUCUCUUUGGCAGGAUGUUUCUCAGUCCAGCUGUAGUGUGGGGUACUCAGAAUCUGAACUGGAGUUUACAAAAUACCCUGUCCAGCUUACACUCCUGUUAUGUGUAAAUACUCUGCGCAUCCAUUCCAUUUGUGUAAAGAAUAAAGCACACACAAUUAUAAAAUUCAAGAUGUAUAUUUCAUA